AUGGUUAAGUGCCUAAAAUGUAAUAAAGUGAUAAAUAAAAAGACUCCUGGAUUGCAGUGUGUUAAAUGUAUGAAGUGGGUACAUGGGACGUGUGCUAAUCUAUCUCCUGACCAGCUAAGUGUGUUAUUUGAUACCGAAUCAGCUGACUGGAAAUGCCGAAGUUGCACUGGAAACACCAAACCAAAGCGACUAUCAUUCAUAAUGCCUGAUCAGGAGGAAGAAGAAAACACUGAUUCGGAGAACAUGUCGGCAUCUUGUAUAACACAAAAGAUGAUUUCUGAAAUACGUCACGAAAUACGUGACAUUAUACAAAGCGAGCUACAAAGUGUUCUUCAAUUCUACUCAGAUGAGAUAGACGAGUAUGAAAUCAAGAUGAAAAACUAUGACAACCAAAUUGGUGAAUACAAAAAUAUGUGUAAAAAUCUAAAUCUUAAAAGUGAGGUACUUGAACAAAAAAUUAAUACCAUUGAGCAAAACUUUUUGAGUAACCACCUCGAAAUUCAUGGCAUACAAGAACAGACAGACGAAAAUAUUAUGUCUAUAACUAAGUCAAUAUGCGUAAAAUUAAGCCAGAAGUCGGAAAGUGUCGUUAAAGCAUACAGAAAAAAAGUUAACAAACGAGGUACGGACACAACAAAACCCUCACCCAUCGUAGUUGUUCUCGCUAACGGCGAUGAAAAUAGGUGGAUAACCGCCUCAAAGUCUAAUGAUAUUAAUACUAAAGACAUAGGUAUGAAGUACGACUCAAAAAUAUAUAUCCGUGAGUCCUUAUCACCAAACAACUCAUUUCUAUUGUGGAAAGCGAAAACCACACUAAAACAUAGUGGGUUAUGUAAGUUUGUAUGGUACAAACGAGGACUUAUCCUAGCUAAACGAACUGAAAAAGAGAAAUUGUAUGUCAUAAGAGCCAUUGAAGACAUUGAGAGGCUCGUGGCUGAGUUUAGCAACAAUAACAAUGCAAAACGAAUACGGUGCCGUAGAAUAAUCUUAUACUUACGGUCAUCAAUUGUAAUACUAAAACCACAACACUCAUGGAUAAUCUAA